UUACCAAUUUUUUAGGGUUCUAUUUGUGUCCUCGCGCUGGAGAAGAUCAUUUGAUCUGUUACUAGGUUUUUCGUUCAUUCGAAAGGCCAUUUCAAUCUUGUUAAGGAUGGCGUGGAGAGCUCAAUUGUCUCGCAAUCUGAAGGAGCUUCGUUUCCUUUUCUGCCAGACUUCGCCGGCCAGUGCUCAGACUCGGGAAUUUCUGCACAAGAGCUACAAGGAUCUGAAGACGCUGAACCCUAAACUCCCCAUCUUGAUCCGCGAAUGCAGGGGAGUUGAACCUCAACUUUGGGCGAGAUACGAUGUGGGUGUUGAGAGAUGUGUUAACUUGGAUGGUCUGACGGAAGCUCAAAUUAACAAUAAACUAGAGGAACUUGGACAACUUCUAAACUGUUGGAAGUGGGAUAUUAUAUCUUCUUCAUUCAUCACGACUAAUUUAUAAUUUAUCUGAAAAGUUGUUAAGUUUGAUUCUUGCACAAGAGAAGUUAAGAGAGAUUGAAAGAGUUUGGAAUAUUAGUAGGUAAAGAUGACUUGUUAUUUCUGAAGAUAUUUGCAACCGGAAGGAAAAGAGGUAUUUACAAAUAUUUUCUGAUUAAAAUUAGUUUAAUUUAAUGGUGCACACAUUAUGUAUCCAAAAAUUUCUUAUAAAAUAUUAAAAUAUUUCUUAUAAUAAGAAGAUUUUAGAAAAAUGUGGAGAAUGAAUAAUCUUAAGGAAGAAACUAGAAGGAAGAUUAUGAUGAAGUCAUGAGCCAAAUGGUGAGCUUGAAAAAUGGUGAGCUAUGAUAUUUUUCUCUAGGUAAGCUGGUGACGACCUUGACAUAUUCUCUUCUUUGUAGGCUUGAUAUGCUUGGUAAAUUGUCAUAAACCAUUCUUUUGUUUGUAACUUGCCUUAGUAUCUAGUAGAUUCUUCCACUUCAUCAAGUAUUAAGUGUAGUUUGAGGCCUCUAUUCUUUGAAUAAUAAAUUUUGUUUGUAAUGGUGUACUUUACAUCUUCAUUGAUGGAGGUGACAAGAACUGUUGGCGUGCAAUUAAACGUGUACCUGAUUUGAUCU